ACAGCAGCCCUAUAAAUAGCCGAUGACCCCAACCCAACUUUAAUUGUUUAGAGUGGAAAUAAGGAACGAGCAGGAGAAGGCAGUGGCUCUCUGGUCGUCUCAAAACCCCAAAGACUACUGAUCAGAGACUAAAUUCAUCAGAAUUUUUUUCCGUUUUGAUUCAGUCAUCAUGUGUCCGCAAUCUGCCACCCUGCCUGCUGAUAUUGGUUUUCAGUGUACCGAUGAGGAGCUCUGUAUUUCUCUAGGGAAAAUAAUUAGUGGAUCCCCCCUUCCAGGCAAUGUGAUUGAAGAUGCAAAUCCUUACCAACUAGUGCCCUCAAAUUUACCUGAUGGUUUUUGGUACUUCAUUCACUCGAAUGAGAACAAACCUACAAAUUUUGGAUAUUGGAGAACCAAAGGGGAGGCCUGCAGAAUAUUCUCAAACUCUUCCAUCACUGGUUGGAGAGCUACUCUUGAGUUCUAUCAAGGCCAAGCCCCUAAUGAAAGUAAAACCGAUUGGGUGAUGCAAGAAUACUGGCUAACUCAGAAGAAGUUGUCUGAAGACAGCAAGGCAAAGGAACCCAGGUCACUUUGCAGAGUCUUUUGUAGCAAUGAACAAAAAUUGAACUGCAAAAAUCUUCAGAAGAUGGUUAGUUCUGAUAGUGCUACUUACUCAGCGCAUUCAGCUGUUCCACGUGCCAAGAAUUGUACUAGUCACAGUUCCACAAGCAAGCCUCAGGUGAGCAAGGAUAAUGAAAGGGGAACAUUAAUAGUUACAGAAAGAGUUCCAGAUCAUGAUGUACAAAUUAUGCCUGAAAUCGAUUAUGUUUCCAGAGGUGACUACUUGGAACUGCUGGAUCUUGAUACACCAGCAUCAUUUUCUUUUAGUUCAGAUUCAAGUUGCUUGACUAUGUCAUCGGAUGAAUGCUUCGAUUCUCUGGCAUUGUUAGAAGAACUAGAGCCUAAAAAUAGCCAAGACUUGGUCAACAAGAAUGCAGGUUGCAAGUUCAGUAUCUCUGCACCUCCAAGACCAGAUGAGUUGGUCAUAUUUGCAGCCUCUUCAGGAUCUUUCAGCAAGUCUCCAAGUGAAGAAAGAGUCAAAACUCAUUCUCCAAUUCCUGGUUCAGCUGUUUGUGGCAAGAUCUCAGGAAAGACUUCAAACAAUAUGAACAGAAUUCAGAAACCAGAUUGUAGGAAUGAAGGAGGCCCAUCAACUUCUCAUAAUGUUGAUGUCUCACCCAGUAGCCAUACUGCAUCCCAAGAAGGAAAAAGGAGGGCUAGAACUAUUGGCAGAACCGAAAAGCUUAAGAAGAAGUAUUUCUGCUUCAUGCCAUUUUAGGUCCUCUGUCCAUUCUACACGUGUAUUUAUUAUGUAUAUUAGUGAUUUGUAUUAGCAAAUAAUUAGUACGUUUACAGUACUUAGAGGUGGUUCAAGGUUGGGAAGGGGGUAGGUCACUAGUGUUCAGGAAGAAAAGAAGAGGGUAGGAGAUUUGAUUAAGCCGUUCAUUGUUGAAAAAUACAAACCAAAACGAUGUUUCUCGUUUAACUCAUUUUUCUGUUAUUUGUUUGCCUUUUCUUUU